CCGCUGGAGCCCUGCCUUCCUCCGCCGGAGCCCUGCCCCAUCCUUCUCCUCCCUUCUUCUCUUCCUACUUCAGGUCGUUCAGCCUCACUUUAGCUGGCCGUCUCGUCGCUCCAACAGACUUCACACGGUUUCUGAUAUCAGCUUUUUUCUUGAAAUCUCAUCAAGAAUGUCCUCAGUCCUGCAGAAGUUGAUCACCCCACUGGCCAGCUCCUCCGCUGAGCCUCCCAGGAACAAGGUGACCGUGGUUGGCGUGGGCCAGGUCGGCAUGGCGUGUGCCGUUAGCAUCCUGCUGCGGGACCUGUGUGACGAGCUGGCUCUAGUGGAUGUGAUGGAGGACCGACUGAAAGGAGAGAUGAUGGACCUGCAACACGGCCUGCUGUUCCUGAAGACAGCCAAGGUGGUUGCUGAUAAAGACUACGCUGUGACUGCAAACUCCCGUCUGGUGGUGGUGACGGCUGGCGUUCGACAGCAGGAGGGUGAGAGCCGCCUCAAUCUGGUCCAAAGGAACGUCAAUGUCUUCAAGGCCAUCAUCCCACAGAUUGUAAAGUACAGCCCCAACUGUACAAUCCUGGUUGUUUCAAACCCUGUUGAUGUGCUGACCUAUGUGACCUGGAAGCUGAGCGGUCUGCCAAAGCACCGCAUCAUUGGCAGCGGCACCAACCUGGACUCCGCUCGCUUCCGUCACAUGAUGGCCGAACGCCUCGGCAUCCACGCCAGCUCCUUCAACGGCUGGGUGCUGGGGGAGCACGGAGACACCAGUGUUCCUGUGUGGAGCGGUGCAAACGUCGCAGGAGUCAACCUGCAGAAGCUGAACCCUGAGAUCGGCACCGAUGCAGACAAGGAGCAGUGGAAGGCAACACAUAAGGCUGUGGUGGACAGUGCCUAUGAAGUGAUCAAGCUGAAGGGUUACACCAACUGGGCCAUUGGCUUCAGCGUGGCCGACCUGACUGAGAGCAUCGUGAAGAACCUGAGCCGCGUCCACCCCGUCUCCACCAUGGUGAAGGGCAUGUACGGCAUCGACGGCGAGGUCUUCCUGUCCCUGCCCUGCGUCCUGAACGGCAGCGGCGUCGGCAGCGUGGUUAACAUGACCCUGACAGACGCAGAGGUUUCCCAGCUGAAGAAGAGCGCCGACACACUGUGGGGCAUCCAGAAGGACCUGAAGGACCUGUGAACACCCCCCUGGUAGACCCCCGCAGUGCAGAGAACCCUGGUGUCUCCCAGCACUCCUCCUCUGUUGUCCUGUUCUCAGACUUUCUCUCUCUUACUGUAGGAAGCUACCGGUGUGUUUAGAGCUGUCACACACACAGCUCUCAGGAAGAAUUUAAACUUCUGUCCAGCAUUCUGUUACAACCUGUCUCCUGUCUUUUUGCUCUAAAAUCCUCUGGUAUGAUUCCUAAAGUAAGAUGCUCGUUCCAAACAACUUGUUGGUUGCUUCUUCUGUGUUUGUGUUGGAAGAUAGAAGCUGACUUCUCUCCGGUUUCUCAGUAGGGAUUCAUUUCUGUUGUUCCUACUGGCUUUAGUUGGUUCCUUUAGCUGCACUCUCCAUAGAGAGUUCAAACUCACUUGAAAAAUCCAAGAUCUUAGGAACUCCAACAGCAUCCAGUGAUGCUCUGGCCUUAUCAUUAAACCAAACUGUAAGUUCACAGGUUGCCACUGGCAACAGUCACCUGGGAAUGUUAGUGCUUGGAAACCAUCUGCUGGAGAGGCCGCUCAGAAAACUGCUGUGUAAUGAUAUGUUGGAAUAAUAAAUUUGGUCACAAAGAA